GAUAUCAACCGAGCGGAAUUGAAUGACGACAUCUUGGCAUCAUCAUGUCUUUCUUUCAGAACCCUUUCUCUACGCAAGUAGGCCAACGAGUCGAGAGGGCGACGGGCGACCAGCUCGAGAGCGAGGACUGGGCGCUCAACAUAGAGAUAUGCGACAUUAUUAACGAGACGGAUGAUGGACCCAAAGAUGCUAUCCGAGCAUUGAGAAAACGUAUUUUCAACAAUAAGAAUUACAAACAAGUGAUGCUCGCCUUGUCGGUGCUUGAGACGUGUGUCAAAAACUGUGGGAAACGGUUCCACGUCCGAGUAGCCGAGAAAGAGUUUGUUGCCGAGUUGGGAAAGUUGGUGUCUCCACGGGCAAACGUGCCGACGAUUGUGCAGCACAAACUGUUGGGUUUGGUGCAAAGCUGGGCGGACACGUUUCGCAGUCAAACGGAAAUGUCGUCGAUCUAUAACUUUUACUGCGCCUUGAGGCAACAAGGUGUUGAAUUUCCUCCACAAGAUUUAGAUACAAUGGCUCCUAUCUACACUCCAGAAAGAACUGUUGCAGAACAGCUGCAUUCGAGUCUACCACCAUCAGGCGCACAAGGACAUUCUCCAUCAAUUCCACGUCAGUCUCACCAAUCCUGGCAACAGCCACAACCCAUUGCAUCUCCAUGGCAGCAGCCUCCACCACAAGAGACACCCAGUGUGCCCCCAGACGAGUACAGUGGACCAGCAUCCAUCACUCCCACUGCAGAACAAAUGGGCAAAAUACGGAGUGAGAUGGACGUUGUGUCUAGUAAUGUUGGUGUAAUGAGUGACAUGCUGACCAACUUGAAACCGGGAGAGGAGGAUCCUUCUGACUGGGAGUUGCUGCGAGAUUUGAAUACGACGUGUCGUUCUAUGCAAUCUCGUUUAGUCGAGUUGUUGAGUAGGAUUGUGUCUGAGGAGUUGACAGGUCAGCUACUUCAAGUCAACGACUUACUAAACAACGUGUUUGUUCGUUACGAUCGAUUUGAAAAGAAUCGCACUGCAGUCCUACAAGCAACAAGAGCUGCAACUGGCCAAUCCACUCCUCCUAAUGCAAGUGUUACCAUGUCACCUUCAGCUGCUCUUGUGCCAUCACCUGCUCCACUUAUUGAUCUUGGUGAUGGUGAAACGGCUCCUCCGGUGUCAGCACCGAGUUAUGGCCAGUUGUCGCAUGAAUUGGCGGAAAUUGACCUGGGCAGCGAAAGUCAUCCCAACACAACAAACUACACAUUCAGUGGCCCAACACAACCCACCCAAUCAACCAACAACGCAGUCCACGACGACGAGUUUGACAUGUUUGCACAGAGCCGACAAAGCUUUGACCAGGCAGCUCUCAAUCGACAGAACAGGGCACUUGGAUACGUCGUGGAGGACACUCAUCACUCGGUUGCCGGUGCAAUAAACUCACGAAAUCCGUUUGCUGCUUAUGUAGAGCCUCAACAGGACCCGACCAGAUUGCAAGGUAUGGAGCAGUGGCUAGCUGCCACAGACUUGCAGCCUCACCAGCCUCCUGCAUCUGAAAGCAGCACACAAGAAUCGAUGACGACUGCUGAGUUUGACAGAUUCCUAGAGGAACGAGCCAGCAAAGCAUCAUCAGCAACAAACGUUCCCACCAAGACGACAAUCGAUCCAAACGUGCCGUCGACUCUUGGACGACGUACGAGACCACAAAUGCAACAAGAAGGAGCUCACCAAGAAGAGGAACUAUUUGGCCUGUGAUCACGUGACCAGAUGGCAUCCUCCACGCGUUAGUAUGUCAGUCUAUGGUAUAUGCUGAUCAACUAUAAGUGAUUAUAGAGACUUGUAUGUUGAUGUGAUUAGAAAAAUUGUUAGUGUUGCUCAACGACACAUGAAAA